CCGCCGCCAUCUUGUUCUGCCGGCGUUGGGGGAACGCGGGGAUGUUCUGGGCUUGCGCAGUGGCACAAAAUGACGGGCGUGGAGGCUGUGAAUGUGUGAGCAUGCGCAAUGUGGCUUCCUAAUGGUGGCUGCGCUGAGCCAGCUCCGCAGAUUACCACCUUAUUGGCCGCCUUUCUCAGCUUGUCUGACUUGAACUGCCAUGUCCUCUGAAGAAGGAAAGCUCUUCGUGGGAGGGCUCAACUUUAACACCGACGAGCAGGCACUGGAAGACCACUUCAGCAGUUUCGGACCUAUCUCUGAGGUGGUCGUUGUCAAGGACCGGGAGACUCAGCGGUCCAGGGGUUUUGGUUUCAUCACCUUCACCAACCCAGAGCAUGCUUCAGUUGCCAUGAGAGCCAUGAACGGAGAGUCUCUGGAUGGUCGUCAGAUCCGUGUGGAUCAUGCAGGCAAGUCUGCUCGGGGAACCAGAGGAGGUGGCUUUGGGGCCCAUGGGCGUGGUCGCAGCUACUCCAGAGGUGGUGGGGACCAGGGCUAUGGGAGUGGCAGGUAUUAUGACAGUCGACCUGGAGGGUAUGGAUAUGGAUAUGGACGUUCCAGAGACUAUAGUGGCAGGUGGGUAGCCAAGAGGCUGGGAUGUUCUGCUAAGAACUCAGCCCCUGGGUGUUCAUGCAUACCACACCUUGCUGUUACUAAUGUGUGCCUAAAACGAGUAGGAAAUUUAGCAUUUUAAGUUAAUUGUGUGGUCAUAUAGUUGCAACAUGGUAAAGUAUACUAUAUAUGUUGUGCUGUGUGGGUUAUAUAACUUUGUUGCUUUAACACGUAAUAUGAUUUAAUAUACUGCAUAUAAAUUGUAUGCCAUAAAACUAUUGACUGUGAUACUCAUAUGCUUAACAUAUCCUGUUUUUGAUAUGUAAGGUUUAUGUUAUGAUCCAUACUAUAAAACGUGACGCAUGUAAUUAAUGACAGUGGUGUAUAAUGCAGUCCCAGAAAACUUGUGUGUGUUUUUUUUCCCCCAGAAACCAGGGUGGUUAUGACCGCUACUCAGGAGGAAAUUACAGAGACAAUUAUGACAACUGAAAUGAGACAUGCACGUAAUAUAGGUGAGACUUGGAUAUCGGCAUUGAGUGAACCUGUUUGUCACACUCUGUCAUGACCCUCUCACCUUUUCUGGCAAGACUGCUCUGCAUUUCUGCUGCCCUCAUACCUCACCCAGCCAACCUACCAAACAUUCCUAGGCCUUCCUUGCUCUGAGGUGCAUGUCAGAGCAAGUUUGCUAGGGGGUGGGAUCUGAAAACCCAUCUCCUAUAAUCUACUCUUGUGUGGGAUGGAGGAAAUGAAGGGGUGUCCCUGUUGUCCAGCCCUCAGCAUCUUCAUCAGCUCUAGGAGGUGAGCAUGUUGUCAGCUGUUCCUUCAUGACAUCACAAUUCUCCCCCUCUUGCUGUUCUCAGAUACACAAGGAAUAAUUUCUGAUCCAGGAUCGUCCUUCCAAAUGGCUGUAUUUAUAAAGGUUUUUGGAGCUGCACUGAAGCAUCUUAUUUUAUAGUAUAUCAACCUUUUGUUUUUAAAUUGACCUUCCAAGGUAGCUGAAGACAUUUUAGACAGUUCCAUCUUUUUUUAAAUUUUUUCUGCCUAUUUAAAGACAAAUUAUGGGGACGUUUGUAGAACCUGAGUAUUUUUCUUCUUACCAGUUUUUUAGUUUGAGCUCUUAGGAUUAUUGGAGCUAGCAAUAAUUGGUUCUGGCAAGUUUGGCCAGACUGACUUAAAAAAAUUAAUGUGUAUCCAGGAACAUUUUAAAAACCUGUACACAGUGUUUAUUGUGGUUAGGAAGCAAUUUUCCAAAUGUACCUAUAAGAAAUGUGCAUCAAGCCAGCCUGACCAACAUGGUGAAACCCCAUCUGUACUAAACAUAAAAAAAUUAGCUGGGCGUGGUGGUGCAUGCCUGUAAUCCCAGCUACUCGGGAGGCUGAGGCAGGAGAAUCGCUUGAACCCGGGAGGUGGAGGUUGCAGUGAGCCAAGAUCACGCCACUGUACUCCAGCCUGGGCAACAGCGAGACUCCAUCUCAAAAAAAAAAAAAAGGAAAUGUGUAUCAAGAACAUGAUUAUCCAGGGGUAUUUUCUAAUUCAGAUUAUCAAACUGAUUAUAUAGAAGAGUUGGCUUUAAAAUGUUUGCAAAUGUCUUUUUUUUUUUUUAAUACUGGAAGAAAAAAUAUUCUGUUGUGUCUCAUACAGUGCUUAGGAUGUCUUUCACAGAGCUUAUUAAAAAGAUGAAACCUGAGAACAAA